UGUGUCAGAUGUUAAGCAUGUUUUGAUUUGUUCCAGUAGCCGGAUCGAGCUGGGAGAUGUGACGCCACACAACAUUAAGCAGCUGAAGAGGCUAAACCAGGUCAUUUUUCCUGUCAGCUACAAUGACAAGUUCUACAAGGAUGUACUGGAGGUUGGCGAACUAGCCAAAUUAGCCUAUUUCAAUGAUAUUGCAGUGGGAGCAGUGUGCUGUAGGGUGGAUCACUCCCAGAACCAGAAGAGACUGUACAUCAUGACACUUGGAUGCCUGGCACCCUACCGAAGGCUAGGAAUAGGCACUAAAAUGUUGAAUCAUGUCUUAAACAUCUGUGAAAAAGAUGGCACUUUUGACAACAUCUAUCUGCAUGUGCAGAUCAGCAAUGAGUCCGCAAUUGAUUUCUACAGAAAGUUUGGCUUUGAGAUCAUUGAGACGAAGAAAAACUACUACAAGAGGAUAGAGCCCGCAGAUGCUCAUGUGCUGCAGAAAAACCUCAAAGCUCCUUGUCUUGGCCAGAAUGCAGAUGUGCAAAAGACCGACAACUGAACAAAACCCCAACGAACACUUUCUUGCACUUGCUUGUCGCCAAAUAAGGAAAGAGAGGCCUCUUGAUUUUUUUUUUUUAACUCCACCCCUUCAUCCUCUUGAUUUUUCUUCUUGACCUCUCUCCAACAAAAUGUAAUGCUUCUUCCAAGGAUUCAUGUUUGGGGUUGGUUUUUUUUUUUUUUUUGAGCUCUCCUUUCUGGUUUUGUUUGUUUGUUUUGCAAGAGGGGGGUGGUGGUGUUGGGGUGGGAAGAGGUGUGCAGAUCUCUUAAGUUUGAGGUGUGGAGGGCUUGAGCAGGUUAUCCUGAUGACAAGUUUCCUUCAGAAGUAUCUCUUUCAGUAAGCAGAAUGUAAAUGCAGUGGGGGGAAAAAAGGAAGAGCAGUAUCUUGUCCUUUGACUCCUACAUUGUGUUUUUUAUAACCUACAGGGUACUUUACUCCCCCCCCCCAACCUUUGAAUGUUACUUCAGUACUUCCCACUCUUCCUCUUAAUUCCCCUGCCUCAAAAAAAGUAUGUUUAGUUCUUACCAAUAUUUUUGAAUAUGGCUUUUUCCUCCAUCUUUUGCUGAGAAGGGUGGGCCAUUUUACCAUACCUUUUCACUCUGCC